CUCCUUUCCCUUCUUCUUCUCCUCCUUCAAUUGACCCGCCCGCGCUGUCGGCCUGGAAUGACUUGGGCAGGAAAGCAAGAGACCAGACGGACGGACGGACAGAACUGAACUGAAGAAGCAGACCGGGACGCACGCCCGCUGGAGCUGCCAGGCCGCCUGCAUAUAGCGACAUAGUGGCUCUGCUCGCUGAUUGCCUCGUUGUCGCGCCGAGAGAGGAGAGAGUGUGUGUGUGUGUGUGAAUCGAGAGACAGCCGAACAGAACAGCCCCCAUGCGGCACGACGGCGACGCCCAUGAUGCCACCCCUCCAUCUUCACCAUCAUCCACGGCUGGCCGUGACGAACGCCCGAAGCACCGUGACACUCGAACCACAGCCCAACACCACCAUCAUGGCGCCUCUGCUUCUGCUGGCCCUCUGUCGCCCCACCAGACGCUUUUCUCUGCUGCCCUGGCCCUAGUCGCCGUCCUCGUCCUGCACUUCUUUGCUGCCCCGCUUCUGCCACUCGACCUUGUUCGUCUGCUGCCUUUCCAGCAGCCUCUUCCCCCCGCCAUCCCCGCCGUCUCCCAAUCUUCUCCUCCUCCCUUCCACAACCACCCCGCCGUCUGCCCCAGACUGCCGCCCCAACCGUCGCUACAUCACCACGAGCCCCGAGGCACCUUCAACACCGACACCCACCGCAGUAUGGCCCUCGCAGAGCAGGCGAAGCGCGUCGCCGCCGAAUUUGCAUUUGGCCCCGAUGCCGUCAACCGCGCCGUCAAGGAGUUUGUGCGCGAGAUGGACGAGGGACUGCAAAAGGAAGGCACAGAGCUGAGCCAGAUCCCUACUUACGUCACUGCCGUUCCGAACGGAACUGAAAAGGGUUUGUACAUGGCCGUUGACCUCGGCGGCACCAAUUUCCGUGUCUGCUCCAUCCAAUUGCACGGCAACACCACCUUCUCGCUCACCCAGAGCAAGGUCGCCAUCCCGCGCGAGCUCAUGGUCGCAAAAACCUCCAAAGAGCUCUUCUCCUUCCUCGCCAAACAGAUUGAGAACUUCCUCAAGACCCACCACGAGGACCACUAUGCUGGCCACAUCAGGCGCCGCCAGACGGGCGAGACGUUCAAGGACGAGGAGAUUUUCAACUUGGGCUUCACCUUCUCGUUCCCCGUCAACCAGAUUGGUAUCAACAAGGGUCUGCUGAUGCGAUGGACAAAAGGCUUUGACAUUGCCGAGACGGUCGGUCAGGAUGUGUGCGCCCUUCUCCAAAAGGAGAUUGACGAGCUGCACCUACCUGUCCGUGUGGCGGCUCUAGUCAACGACACCGUGGGAACCCUCAUGGCACGCUCUUACACGUCGCCAGGGAAGACCGGUACGCUGUUGGGUGCCAUUUUUGGUACUGGAACCAACGGCGCCUACGUGGAGAAACUGAACAAGGUCACCAAGCUCACGCAAAAGGCGGAUGCUGGAGACUACGACAAGUCGACAGGAGAGAUGAUUGUCAACACGGAAUGGGGCUCCUUUGACAACUCCCUCCGCACUCUGCCAAAUACUCCCUACGACAUCGAGCUCGACGAGAAGUCAGUUAACCCUGGCAUUCAAAUGUUCGAGAAGCGCGUGUCUGGCAUGUUUCUGGGUGAGAUCCUGCGUCUCGCCAUCCUCGGCCUCCUCAAAGACCCUGCCUUCCCUCUUUUCCGCGACGAGAACUCGGCGACCAACGACGUCCACAGCACCACGCAGAUCCACGACAACUCGCCACUCUACAAGCAGUGGGGUAUCGACACGAGCUUUCUCAGCAUCUGCGCCGGCGACAACAGCCCCGGUUACCGCAUGAUCCGCCAAACGCUCGACAAGGACUACGGCGUCUCAGCCGUGAGCGCCGAAGACGCAGAAGCUGUCCGCGCCAUCUCUCUCGCCGUCGGAAAGCGUGCCGCUCGCCUCUCCGCCGUCGCCAUUGGCGCCAUCGUGCUCAACACCGGCCGCCUGAACCCCUCCGCCGCCAAGAGCGCAGCCACGACGGAGAAGAAGGAGGGAAUUGAUCCUCCCCGCGGCGAUGGCGCUGCCUCCGACGAGGACGAUGUGAUUGAUAUUGGUGUCGACGGCUCGCUCGUCGAGUUCUACCCCAACUUCGAGGACCAUAUUCGUGAGGCUCUGAGGGAGAUUGAGGGCGUUGGCGCUGAGGGAGAGAAGAAGGUCCGCAUUGGUAUCGCCAAGGAUGGAUCGGGUGUUGGUGCUGCGCUGAUUGCUCUGGUGGCUGGCCGUGUUGGCGUCGACACUGAUUGA